CGGCUGCCCGCGGCGGGGGACGAGGGGCCGCUGGAGGGCGGCCCCCCGGACCACUCGUACUCGCUCUCGUCGGGCACCACGUCGGAGGAGCUGCUGCGGAAGCUCAACGAGCAGCGCGACAUCAUCGCGCUGCUGGAGGUGAAGAUGAAGGAGAUGAAGGGCAGCAUCCGCCGCCUGCGCCUGGCCGAGGCCCAGCUGCGCGAGGAGAUCCGCGAGAAGGACCGGCUGCUGCACGCCGCCAGCGCCGGCACCCGCAAGCGCCACGGCCUCUGA